UCACGUGCGACGAGACUUCCCAAUUUUAAGCCCGAAACCAACGCGUCUUCUUCCUCUUCUCGUUCUCUUCACACUCUGCAGUGCUCUCUGUCUUCUCUAUCCUGAUCUUCUCUGCCUCUUUCUGAUCAUUGUCUUUUAGACCAUUCUUACUUGAAUGGCAAAGAAGAAGAGAGGCGCAAGGAAGCCGCCCAGCGCGCAGUCCGGCGCUGGAAACCCGGGCAACGGCGGCCGAGGUGGCCGUGGUGGUCGAGGUGGUCGUGGAGGCAGACGGCAAGCACGCGGUGGCUCCGCGACCAUUGGAACUGAAGCCGGAAGGCGCUCACGCAGGGCAGGCGAGGGACUCGGUGCACCGAGGUUCACGCUUCGUGAUGAGGCUGCCUACACUAACGAGUUUGCUACCGGCGGGUCUGCUGCUGGGCUGAGACACCGACGGAUUGUUUUUGUUAAGGCUGGCACGAUGGUCGGCGCAGAAGUUAGGCGCGAGUCGCAAGACGACGAAGAUGUCGAAGACCAAGUCAUGGGCGACGAUUUUGCUAAGGAGCAGGUGGAUGAAGAAUACGAGGAUGAUGACGAGCUGGAAGAAGGAGAGAUCCGCGAGGUUAUCCCAAAGCACAUUCCCGACGCUAUCUACAACGAGCUUCUCGACGAAGAAGACAAGCUAGUCGAGCACACCCGCAAACUAGCACCCGCUCUACCUCCCAAAGUCACUGUUGAUACACCACAUGAGAUUCCAGUAGCCGAAGCUAUCGAAGAAGUCCAGUCUGCGACAGAGUCUGCAACGGAUGACGACCUUGACAUAUAUGAGUCUGCGCUGGCGUCAGAAGCUGAAAUCACGCUCCAGCACUGUGACGUGCAGUUUGAGUCAGGUUCGGAAGAUGAUAAUGAUCUCUUUGAGUCUGUGCUGGCGUCAGAAUAUGAAGAUAGAGUCGAGCAGGAUGACGUCGAGGAAGGAUCAACAGAUGAACCUACGCUCACGCGGAUUGAGAUUGAAGUAGAGUCAGUGCCUGAGCCAGAGAGGGAUGCGAAGUCUGCAGUCAUACCGAGUGAAGUAGAGACAACAGCAACAGAGAAAGACCCCUCGAGCCUUGAUCAUCUUCCUGACGAGCUGAUAUUCGAAGCCGACGACAGCGCCGGUCCAGUGCCUUUGGAAUUGCAGCAAGGCAUGGACCAGAUCGUUUUCCAUCCUCGCAAUAUCAAGCGCAACGCGAGACAUGAGAAGAAGAUCGAGAUCACACAAUCAACUAGUACAGUCCGACUGAUUGAUGACAAUUCUGUUGUUGGGCAAACUGCGAGCUUGAUUUCGCAGACCGAGAGCUUGACGUUGUCACCCGGUCAAGCUUCGCCUGGUCGGAAGAGGAAAACCAGACCGAAGCGGGCAAGACGGGAGAAGAAGCAGAAACAGCCGUUCCCGUACUCGAUCAUGGCCGACAGCGAUGCAGAGAUCGACCCGCUUGACGAUUACAUUCAAAACUUGUACAACAGCGAGGAAGAAGAAGAGCAGGAUAUUGCGGAUGCUUUGGACAUCUAUGCUGAGGUUGCUGAUGAGGAGGCGUUUGAGGAUGAGAUCAAGGCUGCUAUUGAGGAGACUAUUGACUUUAUCGAGGAUGCCAGUGUUGGUGCGGAUGAUGCGGAUGAGGAUUUUGAGGAUGUGGAGGAGGGAGAAGAUGAUGAGGAUGAGGAUGAAGAUGAGGAGGAGGAGGAUGAAGAUGACGACGAAGAUGACGAGGAGAUCGACGACAUCUAUGAGGACAUGGACGAUGACGACGAUGACAUCCUCGACUCUGAGCGCCAGUUCACCGGUGGUGCGUACAUGGACGCCCUCUACGCGAGCCUGAGCAAGAAAAAGCUCAAGCAGCUGCCAGACUUUGCCAACUCUGACGAAGAACUCGAGUUUACACUGAAGUCGCAAUGGCUCAAAGACAAGUCCAAGAAGAAGCAGCGAAAGGUUGAGCGCGAGAAACUGCGGGCGCAGGGAUUGCUGGGCAAGAAGGCGAAGAAGACGGGUAAGGCGGAUUUGAAGACAAAGUAUAGGGGCGGGAUGAAAGUGUCAGAUGUGGUGAGGGAGAUUGAAGGGUUUUUGGAGGAUAAGGGACAGACUAGUUUGUCGCUUCCUCCGAUGGACAAGGGGGACCGCAAGAGAGUUCAUACUCUGGCAUUGUCCUACAGACUGACUUCAAAGUCUCAAGGCUCAGGCCACAACAGAUUCACGAUUCUCUACAAAACGCGGUCGACGUACCAAGACGUUGGCUACGGUCUGACCAGCAUAGUCGAAGAACGUUUCCUCGGCCGUCGGCCCGGCAAGAGAUCUAGACAGAUCCCAGAUCGCGGACCGACAAGGGGCGGAACUGCGCAGUUCAAUCACCGCGAAGGCGAUGUGGUGGGCGGGGACGCGCCGGAGAUCAGUCAGGAGAAUGUCGGACGACAGUUGCUGGAGAAGAUGGGAUGGAUUGCUGGAUCGGGAUUGGGGACGAGUGAGAAUCAGGGCAUGGCGACGCCGAUUAUGGCGAAGGUUAAGACUGGCAAGACUGGUUUGGGUUGAGUUGCUUGCCUGAUUGUAUCAUAAUGUAG